GGGCAUGGUAUACGACGCCCGACACCACACUGAGUUUAAAAAGACUGUAUGUCAAGGGUAUGCUUAUAUCGCCCCACCUACCUCGGGACAAAUUAGAGUUAGUGAAGAGGGCGAGAACAGUGAAGUGGGCGAAGACAACAACGGAGCACUGGCUUGGCAACAAGGUACUACAAGAGAAAGGUGGGAGGGAGAUUUGGAUCCAGAAAUAACCCUCGUGCGUCAUCAGGAUCUGGUGGUUCAAGAUGGAUACCGGCACUACCCAACCAACCAACGAACACCUGUGUGCUGAGGACCUUGGCCAGUCCGACAUCUCAACCUGUCGAAAUGAUAAUUCACCUGGCCCAGUAACGGAUGCAACGGUAGCCAACGUCGUUCGGAUCGUUGUGCGCUGUGCAUCACACAAGGUUCCCGGUCCUCCAAUGCAGCGAGCAAGGACGAUGGCCAACAUCAUCUGUCAACACCAAUGGGGCCGCGACAUGGACUGGCAGAGAGAAACCAUUCGAACACGGGGCUGUUGGGAAGCUGACGGAGAGAAGGUCCGCUUUCUCCUUGACAGUGGGCCGCCUGGCGUGACUCCUGAUCUGGAAAGAAUUCCUGUCCUGAUGUACAAGUGGACUGGGGAGAAGCUAGUUGAGCGGGAUCUUGACGCGAGAACGAAGCAUUGUCUUGACGAAGAGUACCAGUUCAAGGAGAACCCUCGACCGCCACGGGAUCCGUCAAAAAGUUGGUCGAUGGCGCAACUUCGAGAACAAAUGGACGACAAGGCGUGGGACAACAUGAUGGAGCAGUUAAUCUCGCAUAAUCUACGACUGGGGAGGAUAUUCUCGACAACCGAGGUGCAGUGGGUGGAAGAUCAUCUGGACACAUUUGACAGCGUCAUGGGACAGCAUAUCGGACGGAAGCGAUGGAAGAGGCUGCAUCUCAAACUGAGCGAGGUGCUCUGGCUGGGCGCGCACCCGGAAGUGCCUCUGAACCCGUCUAAACCGAGUGACAUGGCACUGUUCCGUGCGAUUUCGGAGCAGAGAUGUGCCGAAAUACAGGCAGCGAGUGAGGCAAAGGUGCCGAAUUCGGUGGUCCAACCCGCUUUGACGGCAAGCAGCGACUCUACAGCGGAGCUGGGCGCGUAGAUAAGUACGGCCACCCACUCCUCAAUGGCGGAUCUAUCUCCCAAAUUUCGCCAAUUCCCUCUGCGCGGUUCCAUUUGCCUGGGUGACUACGCCGAUCUUGGCUCCGCUCAUGCUGUUGUAGCUGAGUGACGGCACAGUUGGAUCAUAGACUCUUGGGGUUUGCGAAAUAAACUCUAGAAUGAUAUGAUAUAGAACUAGGUAGGCACCUAUAGAUUAACGGGAUAAUUAGGAUAGUAACUCAGUCUGUCCGGUCACAGAAACGAUAUAGAUAGCCCCAAGGCCAGCAGUCCAAAUUGCCAGGGCUGCCGCAUCACAUAGCCUUGAGCCAGGGCCGCCGCCGAUUUAUAGGAACACGAGUAGUUAGCCGGCAAAACGC